GGACAACACCAGACGCGUGCUCGACGCGUCUCGCGCGCUCCGAGAGGCAGGAUGCCUCUCGUUCUCAAUGCCGGCGGUCUUCACGACCUGUAGCUCAUGCUCGCUCCGCAUAGCUCGCGCACACGCCUGUGGCACCUUGCGUACUGGCUGGAAAUCCCCGGGCCAUGGUAGCGUGAAACGCUGUACAAGCAGUCAAAGGGCUGCAUCUUCUGCGGCAGCCACAGCUCUCAAACCCAAGUCUGCUGCAAAUGAUGCUGGACAUCGGGUUAUGACUGUCCUGCAUAAAGCGAGGAAGUUGGUACCGCAUGUGCUUCCUCGGAAAGUGCACGCGCCGUCGGAGAUGAGUUCGUUGGAGUUCUGGGAGCGUACACUGGGCAGAACGUAUGACGACCUCUGUCCUACACUGGAAUCCAAGCAGGCCGACAGGAUCCGUAUCGCUGUGUUCGGAUGUGACGAAUUCUCGGGGGCACGAGACUUGGUCGCUGCGAUACUUGAAGAGCCCUUUGCGUCUGAAGUGCAAAGAAAAGCUGUUCACUCUCGAUGGGGAGCUCAGUCGGGAUCGAAGGGUCCCGUCGUAAUUGAAUACUCGACGGAUUCGAAUGGCGACUCUGCCCUACAGCUACGGUCUGCAUGGCUGCUACAGUUCAGUGCCCCUGUAAAGCUGCUGGAAUUUGACAGCUCCUCGUCGAAAUCAGCUGGCAGCCUACCCUCCUCCGAAAUUCUACUCACUGCUGAUAUUCCUGUCAUUGUCUGCAACCCCGCAUCCACUCCGCUGCAUACCGUAUUAUCCGCCGCCUCAGAGGCAGCCUUGCCUCUCACCCAUCCGAACGCAGUCCUAGUGCUGACAUCAACGUCUGGCGACGAGAGGCUUGUCGAACGUCUGCGAGCGGCAUUCGGCCAUGACCUCACGAUCCUCUUCGUGGACCCGGCUCGUGCUUUGCAGGGCCUUCGGGCACUCAGCUCAUCACCGUCGUCCCCCUCUGCCGUGCAGCGAUACCAGGACGACUUCGCCGGCUCCAACGUUCCAAAGCUCACCCAGGCAAUCUCGCAGACGAUUCCUCAAUUGGGGUCGCCGGCAAAGGCCAUCGAGGUGGUGCAUGCAGAGACGGCCCGGGCAGUCACCCAGGACGCUCUGUCCGCAUGCAAUGCGGAGCUGGGUCGUGCUCAAGACGAGGUCAAUGUGGUAUGCGACGGCAUCAGCUCGUUGCGGGCCCGGAUGGAGGAGAUCAGGGUACGGACGCCAAGAGAGGUGCUCGGAGGCACAGAGGGUGGAAACGAGGUCCAGCGUGCGGUAGACCAGUCAAGGAAAGAUGUCAAGACGGUCCUCGACAGAUUGACGUGGUGGAAGCUACUGUGGAAGGUAGACGAUGUGGGAGACACCGUUACGGAUGCUGUGAACAGGGCGUGGUGCAGGGACCUCGAGUAUAGGCUCGUUUUCCAUGCAGGCCGACUGGCGUUCCUCCAACGCUCUUUUGUGGACUCCGCUUCUGCAUUCACCGCAUCCUUUAAGUCCUCGUCCGCUUUCCACUCCCCCGUCCUCCAAAACCAACUCUCACAGAUCUCCUUAUCCCCAACCUUCCCUAUGGACACCGCCGCCUUCCUCCAGCCGCUCUAUACCCGGCGACAGCAGCUCCGCUACCCCACCGGCCGCUUGCAAAGCACUGCUCAGCGUGUGCUCAUCGGCAUGAGCGGCAGCGUCUUCGGGGGCGCGAGCGUCGCAUGGGCGGGAUGGGCUGGACAGUUGGGCAUCAUAGAUAUGGCGAUGCAGGCGGAGACCGUAAUUGGCGUGGGCAUGCUCGGUGCUGUCGCUGGUGUCCGGUGGGCUGUGGGGCGCUUCGAGCGGGCGAAGAGGAAGUGGCUGCAGGAUUAUGACAGAGUGGGUGAGGGAUUGGAGAGGGACCUAAGGGCAACACUCGACCAGACUGUCAACGAACGCGUGCUUGUUGUUUCGGACAAGGCUUGUGACGGGCUGGAGCAGGCGGUGUCGAAGCGUACAGACGAGAUUGCGGAGCUCAAAGAGGCUGUAGACGUUCUCGAGGAUGAGCUUAGUCGGACAUACCAAUAAAAACCUUGUCGAGCUAGGCACACAGAUAGGACUAGAAUGCAGUCGUCAUCAAGACACUCCUUCGAGCAGUUGAGUGAACGCUGCAGAGGACGGUACCGUUAAGUUACCUCCCGGGCAUGCGACGCGACGGGGGAAGGAAGAAAGAUGACACGACGAAG